GGGACAGGACCCGGGUAGAUUACCUUCACGGCUCAGCCCGGACGCUGUUGACAACACCGACAAGCCUGAACUCAAACGCAACCGUUAGUGUAUCUUUGAACAAACUAUUUCACAAUUUGAACCCGGUUCUUUUCAACCGGGCGGUCAUUAGGAAAAUCACACCGCCGCUUUUGAAAGAGGGCCGUCGCACCGGGAAGCGCCCCGUUACGCGUUCAUUACGCGUUCAUCCAUCGCCGGUCCGACCGACCGUUCCUCCUCCCCACCAUCGGAGGAAUGCCCAGAGAGCUGACCCAGAACAGGAUCCAGAAGAUCUGGAUUUCCUCCAAAGAUGACAAGUCUCCCUCGCGGAGGAGAGGGGCGGGGCCUCAUCUGGCCAACCCCCCCACGGUCAUCGUCAUGGUGGGCUUGCCUGCCCGAGGAAAGACCUACAUGUCCAAGAAACUCACCCGCUACCUGAACUGGAUCGGCCUGCCCACCAAAGUCUUCAACGUGGGCGAGUACCGCAGGGAAGCCGUGAACUACAGCUCCUAUGACUUCUUCAAGUCCGACAACGAGAAUGCUGUGAAAAUACGACAUCAGUGUGCCUUAGCAGCUCUCAGGGACGUCAAGUCGUACCUCACCGACGAGGGGGGAGAAGUGGCGGUCUUUGAUGCCACCAACACCACCCGCGACCGAAGGGACAUGAUCCUGGACUUUGGCGGCGUCAACGGCUUCAAGAUCUUCUUCAUAGAGUCGGUGUGUGACGACCCCAACGUCAUCGCUUCCAACAUCAUGGAAGUGAAGGUGUCCUGUCCGGACUACCAGGACUGCAACAAGAACGACGCCAUGUUGGACUUCCAGAAGAGGAUAGAGUGCUACAAGGCCGCCUACCAGCCACUGGACCCAGACCGCUACGACCGGGAGCUCUCCUUCAUCCAGGUGAUCGACGUGGGGCGGCGGUUCCUGGUGAACCGCGUGCGGGACCACAUCCAGUCCAAGAUUGUGUACUACCUGAUGAACAUCCACGUGCAGCCGCGCGCCAUCUACCUCUGCCGCCACGGCGAGAGCCUGGGCAACCUGCAGGGCCGGCUGGGCGGGGACACGGGGCUGUCGCCGCGCGGGAGGAAGUUUGCGACGGCGCUGGCCGGCUUCGUGGAGCAGCAGAAGCCCCGGAACCUGAAGGUGUGGAGCAGCCAGCUCUGCCGGAGCAUCCAGACGGCCGAGGACCUGGGGACGCCCUACGAGCAGUGGAAGGCCCUCAACGACAUUGACGCCGGUUUGUGUGAAGACCUGACGUACGACGAGAUGAAGGAGAGGUUUCCGGAAGAGUUCGCUCUGCGAGAUGAGGACAAGUACUAUUACCGCUACCCAUCUGGAGAGUCGUACCAGGACCUGGUUCAGCGCGUGGAGCCGGUGAUCAUGGAGAUGGAGCGACAGGAGAACGUUCUGGUCAUCUGCCACCAGGCCGUCAUGCGCUGCCUGCUGGCCUACUUCCUGGACAAGAGCGCCGAGGAGAUGCCCUACCUGAAGUGUCCGCUCCACACGGUGCUGAAGCUGACGCCGGUCGCCUACGGCUGCAAGGUGGAGUCCAUCUUCCUCAACGUGGAGGCGGUGAACACCCACCGCGACAGACCCGAGGAGGUGAGGAGGGGUCCCGGGACCCUCAUCCGGAGGAACAGUGUGACGCCCCUCACCAGCCCCGAGUCCAACAUCAACAUCAAGAAGCCGCGUAUUGAGGACCUAGAGGAGAACCCCAUGGGGGCUUUGAGCCACCCAUCCUCCUCUUCCUCUUCCUCUUCCUCGCUCGGCCACUGCAGCCCCGCCCACCUCCCCCUCACCCUGGCAGGACAGCAGUGGCGUGGCAAAGUCUGCCUAACCUGAAGAGGAAAUCCACAGACUGUCACGAAGCUCUGCAGCAGUACCAAUGAGAACUCUCUGUCGUGUCACAUGACCCCGAGGAUCCAGGAAGUGGAUCUUGGACGAAGACUCAGACAUGGAGGUUUAUUUGACGGGUUUGGGGGACGAGUUUAAAUUUAAACAGAUGUAUUCUCUACGCAUAAUAUAUGGAUCCUGUUCCAGAAGGAUCCGUCUUUAGCAAGCGUUCUUCAGAGAGCCGGGCGGUUUCUGAUGUUAUUCUGAUAAAUUUGUGAUUUAUCCGAAUAUUAGAAUCCGAAUAUAUUUCUGAUGAAUAUUGCAUAACAUGCUGUAGAAGUGAGGAGUUUAAUUGGUGGAUUCCCAUCCUAUGGGAGGUCUGCUCGUUUGCUCCUCCCAUUAACGGUGUUUUAGUUUAAAACAGAGCUGCUUGCAUGUCUUUGCAAGUGCUUUCUCCAGAGAUCUUGGUCAUACCCAUUUUUGUGUCUUCUAAUGAUGGUUACUGUCAGAAUCACUCUCUUUAGCUGCUCAUUUGCUACAGAAUCAACGAUUAAUUUGCACAGCGUUGGGGAUUGUCUGUUUGUGUGUUUUUUUUAUACUUGCCAAUUUGUCAUUUACGUUUUGAGUGUGUGCGUGUGGGAGGCACACGCAGAUUUGUGUGGAACCUUGUAAAGUUUUUGUCCUUAGAGUGCCUAUUAUUAAUAUUAUUAUUAUUAUUAUUAUUAUACUACUUGUAUUUAUGUUAUUAUUAUUAUCAUCUGGUUGUUCAUGCGAACAAAUACAUGCUGUUAAUCUUUUCUACGAGUUAACUGGAUCAUUUCAAUACAUUUCUUUAGUCGGUUUGAACGCGUAAAACGCGAUCCAAAACCACAACUUGGACAUAGAAUACUUUUUAUCACUUUGUUUUUUCAUACUGUUUAUUUUUUCCCCGCGACGCACAACAAAUGUAAAACUUUCUAUUUUUGUUACGACAAUAUGUUUUCUUAAGCACUUAUUGUUUGUAAAAAAAAAGAAGAA